UGCCAGGAAAAAACAAGUGGCUUCAAAUCCAAAGAGGAUAGAGCUUAGCAUCCCUCCGAUCAUGGAAAGUGAAAUGGAUACCAACAAGCUUACAUUCUAAAAACCUAAUGCAGACCUAACAAAUACUCAAUAGCUGUAAUAUUUGCUAUUUCUUAUAGUGGGGACACCAGUUUUAAUGGCAGGCCAUUUAAAACAAAACAAAGACUUCGAAAUGGUUAAGCGUAAAUCUACAUUCAAACGCUUCUAUCGACAAAGAUGGAGAAAUCCACUUCUGGUGUCAUUGUCGGCUUUAUUCGUCAUAGGAUAUUUUUCCAUGGGCCAAAUCACAACUUUAGGAACCUUUCUCAGCAAGGUUUCUUUCCAGUCCGACUCCAUUAAAGGUUCUUCUAUCAAAGCACCAAUUAGCAGGCAUUUAUUGGCGGACGAUCAAAAUAAAACAGCACAAUUUCCUGAAGAUCUCUUUACUUUAGAACAGCGUCGUCAUGGCGCUGUACUCUUCCACGUCAUCGGUUUGACCUACAUGUUCGUUGCUCUGGCCAUAGUUUGCGAUGAAUUCUUUGUUCCUUCCUUAGAUGUCAUCACGGAGAAGGCUCAAAUAUCUGAAGAUGUAGCUGGGGCCACAUUCAUGGCGGCCGGUGGAAGUGCUCCAGAGUUGUUUACCAGUAUAAUUGGCGUUUUUAUCAGUUAUGAUGACGUCGGAAUCGGCACAAUCGUUGGAUCAGCUGUCUUCAACAUCCUUUUCGUCAUUUCCAUGUGUGCUAUAUUCAGCAAGACCGUUCUUGAACUGACAUGGUGGCCACUGUUCCGAGAUGUCUCUUUCUACUCCACAAUUCUCAUUCUUCUCAUGACUUUCUUCCAAGACAGUGUCAUCUAUUGGUGGGAAGCACUUGUUCUCCUGUGCUGCUACUUUUGCUAUGUUACAUUCAUGAAGUUCAAUGAACACUGCGAAAAAUUUGUUAAGAAGCUUGUGAAUCGCAACAAAGUGACAAGAGUUGGAAGUGCUGAUAAGCUCAUGCCUCAUAUGACCAAAAGAAAAAUGAGCACACCGAUGCUACAUGCUGGUAGCAAAUUUCGAUCUGGUCUGUUGCAACUAAUGAUCCAUACAAUUGAUCCAAUGCAUGAUGGUAAAUUGGACGAAAAAGCUAAUCAGUUACAUGCCAUAGCUUCCCUACGUGUUCUUCUAGAAGCUCAGAAGGCCAAUGGGGCCGUCGCCAUGAAAUUGAACCAAGGCAAAGGCGUACCGAACAGUAUGUCGUGUCCUGCAUGCGCCGACUGCCCUGACUGCACGCACGGAGGCCAUCCUUCUAUGGUAGAGUCUCCAAGUGGAAUGCACAUCGUGCCGACAAAUGUGGGUGAAGUAAAUGCUGAGGAGCACAUGCCCCCAGUAGAGAACUCACCCACGAGCAACGUCAGGGUAAUUUGGACGGCCAACAACUCAGCUGGAACAUUUAUGACUCGCAGCGUCCGCAGCGAUCCUGGGGAAGGAACUGUUCUUAGAACUGAUUCAGUGAACAGCAUACCCCAGAGCAAUGCCGACUCCACCCAAAAUGUCAAUAUUGUCAUGCCCUCAGAUUCUAAAAAUAAUAUCCAAAAUUCUAAUCAAAAUAUACCACACUCCAAUUCAGCAGGCUCCCAGCCACCAGAACCCGUACCUGAAGAUGAAGAGGAAGAUGAAAAACCGUUGGAUCUUUCUUGGCCAGAUACUUGGCAUAAAAGAUUGAAUUAUGUUCUGUUGGCACCAAUUAUAUAUCCACUAUAUUUGACUCUUCCUGACACAAGGAAACCGGAAAAAAGGAAGUAUUUUGUCAUUACUUUCGUCGGGAGUAUAUUAUGGAUAGCUGUUUUCUCCUAUCUUAUGGUCUGGUGGGCUUCCCUUGUUGGAGAAACUGCAGGAAUUCCAAAUGAGGUAAUGGGCUUGACAUUUUUGGCAGCUGGAACUAGUAUUCCAGAUCUUAUAACCAGCGUUCUGGUGGCUCGAAAAGGCUUUGGAGACAUGGCAGUUUCCAGUUCUGUGGGCAGUAAUAUAUUCGACGUUUCAGUUGGCCUCCCCUUACCAUGGUUCUUAUCGUGUUUAAUCUUUGGUCCCGUGGAAGUUAGUAGUUCAGGAAUGGCCUGCUCCUUGUUGCUACUGUUUCUAAUGCUGCUCUUCGUCAUUAUUUCCAUCGCAGCUUUCAAGUGGAAGAUGAACGUAGGAUUGGCCAUGGUGAUGUUUCUACUGUACUUUGUCUUCAUUGCCUGCAGUCUACUCUUAGAAUACGGCGUCGUUGAUUGCGAUGCCUUACUCGGAAAAUCGGAAUAGUCAACAAUCCGUUUCCUUAAUUUCAGAUUCGUCUUCGUGUACACAAAUAUAUUUGUCCGAAAUUUGGUAAGCGAUACAGGUCAGAUCUAGGAAUAUAACUGCUUUUCAGUGUCCUCUCCUGCAUUUUAUACAAACAAUACAAAAUGCAGUUCCCUGAUCUUAAUGAAUGCAAUUGCAGAACGUUUUACCUUCCCGUUAUUAUUUUUAAUGUCUUCCCUUCUUCUUUUUUUUUUUCUUUUUCUUUUCAUUUGAAAGCUAACAUCCCGUAACUUCCAGGUUUCAAUAAACUUUCAAGUAAUUGUGACAUCUAAAUAUCGCUUAGCGAUAUAUCAUCCUCUCUUCCAGUUGAAUUCUGUUGGCAGUUUUUUUUUCCAAACUCAAACUACUUCUAUACUUAAAUUCGUCAUUUUAAGUGAACUAAAAGCUUACUCUUCUCAACUACUGAAGCUCAGAGAAAAAUUUGAAUAACUUUGUCUCCUACCUUCUUAAAGACUGAGUCAUCCUCUACAAUUUAACGGAAUAUUACUAUUUCAAAUUUUUGAAAUAUAGAAGUGUGUCUUGUGGUGCAAGCUCUGAUUUGAAGACUUCGUGCAGAUUUACAGUAUUUCAU